AUGAAGGCGGAGGGAGGUGAUGUCGAGGCUCAAAAGCCAGCUCACGUGCCGCACAUGCGGCUCGUGUUAGAGCGGGGCUACUGUCCACCUGAAGUCAUAAAUCAUCAUCACAAUGGUUCUGGGACAGAAGAAGAUCCCUAUGUUGUGGAAUGGAUUCCCGACGAUCCUUGCAAUCCCAUGGGCUUUUCGCUGUUCAAAAAAUGGGCAAUUACCAUUCUCGUGGCCGUGGCAACACUUGCCGUGGCCUUGACCUCGUCCGCGUAUACUGGCGGUAUUCGGGAAAUGAUGAUGCAAUUCAACGUGGGGACCGAAGUGGUGACGCUGGGUGUAGCGCUCUUCGUCUUGGGGUUCGCCAUUGGUCCUCUGCUCUGGGCUCCGCUCAGUGAAUUGUUUGGACGCCAGGUGCUCUUCUUCUUCACAUAUGGCGCCCUCACGGCCUUUUGCGCCGGAGCUGCAGGCUCGCAAAACAUUCAGACGCUCAUCAUCCUUCGAUUCUUUGCCGGUGCCUUUGGAUCCUCGCCGCUCACCAAUGCUGGUGGUGUCAUUGCCGACAUGUUCCCUGCUGCCCAGAGAGGUCUCGCAUUGAGCAUUUUUGCCGCCGCGCCAUUCUUGGGUCCGACACUUGGUCCCAUUAUUGGAGGAUUUCUCGGCAUGAAUGCUGGCUGGCGAUGGGUUGAAGGCUUUCUUGCCAUUUUCAGCGGCGUUAUUUGGAUCAUCUGCUCCGUCCUUGUGCCGGAGACUUAUGCGCCGGUGCUGCUUCGUCACCGAGCCCAGAACCUGUCGAAGAUGACGGGCAAAGUCUACCGGAGCAAAUUGGAGAUUGAACGGGGUCCUGUCAAGCUCUCCGAGGCCCUCAAAACCUCGCUGUUGCGACCGUGGGUCUUGCUCUUGUUCGAACCCAUUGUGCUCUUGCUCAGCAUUUACAUGGCCAUCAUCUACGGUACGCUCUAUAUGAUGUUUGGCGCCUUUCCCAUUGUGUACCAGGAAGAGCGUCACUGGAACGAAGGUAUCGGUGGCCUGGCAUUUUUGGGUGUCAUGGUUGGCAUGCUGUCUGCCGUCUUCACCUCCAUCUUCGACAAUAAACGAUAUGUGCGCGCGGUCAAGAAGCACGGUGGCUUCGCUCCGCCCGAGGAGCGUCUUCCGCUUUGCUUGAUUGGCGGCAUCUUGAUCCCUAUUGGACUGUUCUGGUUUGCGUGGACCAACUCUCCCCACGUCCAUUGGAUGGCCAGUAUCGCUGCCGGUGUGCCUUUUGGUUUCGGCAUGGUCUUUGUCUUUCUCAGCGUGUUCAACUACCUGAUUGAUUCCUAUACCAUCUUCGCCGCCUCCGUGCUCGCCGCCAACGCCGUGCUCCGAUCGCUCUUUGGAACUGCGUUCCCCUUGUUCACAACCUACAUGUACCACAACCUGGGUAUCCACUGGGCGUCGUCGAUUCCCGCCUUCCUCGCCGUCGCAUGCGUUCCGUUCCCGUUCCUCUUCUACAAGUACGGCGCGCAAAUCCGCGCUCGAUGCAAGUUCGCUGCCACUUCCGAAGCCUUUAUGCGCAAAUUGCGCGAGUCGCAGGCACCGCCGGUCGCCGAGGCCGAAGACGACAAGUCCUCGUCGUCCUCGGACCACGGGACCACCACCACCACCCACGAACCGCUUUCGCGAACACAAACGAAGCAGAGCUUGCGGUCGAUCCGCACGCAAAACUCGCUGUACGAAGGCAACCCGUACGACAUUGACCGCGUCAAUAGCCGCGAGAGCUUCACCAAACUCCCGCAUCAAAUCCAACACGACGUGUCCAGGCCAAGCACCGCCACUGGCGGAGAGAAGCCUCCUCUGGCCCACUCGCCCAUUCCCGAACACCACGAACACGAGUCACACAAGCCUUAG